AUGGAGUCGGAGGUCUCUAAAUUAAUCACCGGGAUUCUGUGCGACAACCACGGAUGUCUGGACUUCGAGCAGCUCAAUGAGCUCGCGCAAAAUAAUUUCGGCUUUAAAGUCGAAGACCUGCGGUCCAUUCUUUUCGACGACGGUAAAAUAGCGAUUCGUGAGGGCAUACAGCAAGUCCAUGGCGAAGGCCAACUCCGUCCAGACACUCUGGUAGUGGCUAAAACCAGCCUUGGGCUUUGUCAGAAAAAAGUGUGCUCAAGUUGCGAAAGUUUACACCUGUGCAGGUAUUUUGUUUGCGGAGGCUGCACGUUCAGGGAAAAGUGCAAAAACCCACACAGUCUGGCUUCUCCACACAACACAACGCUUUUGAGGAAAUAUGGUCUUCAAGGUUUGACAGAGAAACAGCUGUUCCAGCUGUUGCUGCAGAAUGAUCCAUACCUGCUUCCUGCGAUAUGCACACAUUACAACAAGGGAAAUGGGCCGUUUGGCUCCUGCAAACACACCACCUCCUGCACAAAGCUCCAUGUCUGCCAGCACUUCCUCCAGGGUGACUGUAAUUUUGGGUCUUCUUGUAAGAGAGCCCACUGUAUCGAUGCACAAGGAAUGAAGCUGUUUAAAGGAUUCAGCCCGGAGAAUGUUCAAAACGUUUCCAAGAUCUACAGAAAUAAACUCAUCAUCAUGGGCCAACAGCCUUCUGCUAUUGUUGUCCCAAUGGAUCCAAGGAUGAAGGCUGAUGUUCAGAAACCCGCUCCUCUUCCUCUCAAUGCCAACCCUGCAUCUCCCACCAAAACUAAACCCAUCAGUGACGCUGAGAGGAACGAAAUCUGCUUGUACAAUAUUCGAACUCAGUGCAGUUUCAAAGACAAAUGUGCUCGUGUCCACUGGCACCUGCCUUACAAAUGGGAGGUUUUGGACAUAAUGAACUUGACUUGGAAAGACAUGCCCAAUAUGGAGGAUGUUGAGAAGGCCUUCUGUGACCCAUCAUGUGAUGCGAGCUGCAUGAACCAACAAUUGUCUACUUUAGGAGUUAUACAAUCACUCUUUUGGAGCAUUAAGCAAUAUGUCAACUUUAAAACAAUGACCUAUGGAGGGUCUCCAGUUCGUCGCUUGUCCACUGCCUCUUCUGUCUUACAUCCCCCACACUUCAUUCUCACAACACAAUGGGUUUGGUACUGGAAGGAAGACAACGGGUCAUGGCUGGAGUAUGGACAGAGUGAGGGAGUCACAGUCACUUCUCAAAUACUUGAGAAACAGUACCUGGAAGACAGCAAUGGAAAGACUUCUUUCCAAGCUGGCAAACAUCAGUACGAGCUCUACUUUAAAGACGUAGGAGGAACCCAGCAGAUGUACCAGCAGAAUAUAAAAUGCACAACCAGGAGAGAGGUCAGGAGGAGGCCUCGCUUUGUGUCUGCUGAUGAUGUGGAAAAACUCAAAAGUGCACCACCACAGAGCUCCAGCAGCUCCUCCACAGCUGAAAAUGUCCCAUCACACUGGGAUACAAAAGCCCUGCCUGAUUUGGGAUACAAGCUUGUGCCUCUUUCCAACACCCACAAAGAGUUCGAUAUGAUCCAGAAGUUGUUCAGACGCACCUUGCCUCUCAGUAAAAUCACCAGCAUCGAAAGGAUUCAGAACCCCUCUUUGUGGAAAGUCUUUUAUUGGCAGAAGGAACAGAUGCAGAAGAGGAAUGGAGGGAAACCUGUGAAUGAAAAAUACUUGUUCCAUGGGACAGAUGACAGCCUGGUUGACGCCAUUUGUGAUCAAAACUUUGAUUGGAGAAUGUGCGGUGUCCAUGGAACGGCCUAUGGCAAAGGGAGCUACUUUGCCAGAGAUGCCUCCUACUCAGCCAGAUAUUCCAGCGCUAAAGGGAACGGAAACAAGAUCAUGUUUGUUGCUCUGGUCCUGGUGGGGGAAUGCACAAAAGGAAAGAGCAGCUAUGUCCGACCACCUCCGAAGAAAGGCAGCAGCGCUCUCUACGACAGCUGCGUUAACGGCGACUCCAGCAUCUUUGUAGUUUUUGAAAAACAGCAGAUUUAUCCAGAGUACCUUAUCAAGUAUGUGUAAGAAGUUUUGCAAGACCA